CGGUUUCCAACUUCUGGGUUGGCCUAACUUCCAACUGCCAUUCCCAAUCCCCAUCCUCAUCUCAUUCCAUCUAUUCACAUAAAUAUAUCAUCUCUUCUUUCUUCUUGGUUAAUUUUCCUCACUCUCUCCCUUUCAGUCCAAUGGCUUCCCCAAUUAGCUUCCUCCCCAUUGCUCUCGCUCUUGCUGUCUUGCUCCGCUGCCCCUCAGUUUAUAGUGAUGAUCAGGAGAUUCCUGGACAAAUGGUGGUUGAAGGCUUCAAAUGUUUUGACAAUAAGUUUAUAUACAAUGGUUGUGAACGUGCUUAUAGAUUGAACCCAAGUGGGAGUUUCAAUGUCCCUCCCGAGGCUACUAACCUAUUUUGCAAUGGACCAUGUUUGAUCGAAACACAACUUCUGCUCAACUGCCUUGACAACACUUUUCAAAACUUCUUGUUCUACAACAAAGCCACCGCACAAAGCGUUCGAAACGCCCUCCGUGUUGGCUGCAGCUACUCGAGCCAAAGAGGGAACUUCAAUCAGGGAUUGUUCAUGCAAGGUGAAUUUAGUGAAGCUCACACCUUCCAAAAAUGGUUCAUCCUCCAUUAUUCUCUUCUUUUUCUUGUUGGGUGUUGUUGUUUUCUCAUCUUAUAACAAUAUCUUGAUACUAAUAUACAUAAAAAAGAACACUACAUUUAUUGACAUCAUAACAUUACUCUAUUUGAGACUCUCAAUAUGUACUCUUCUCUCUUUGUAAAUUUACACUUCACUCUUCUUUCUUCAAAGGCAAAGAAACGCAGCCAAACCCAUUUCUCUCCA